ACACAUUAUCCCCUGACUCACAACAGGAAGUCUUCGGCCAAGUUUUACGAACGCAAGAGGAAACGUGUUCCUGGGUGCCAUAGAACAAAUACUUAAUUCAGUGACGUGCCCGACCCCCUUGGUCCAGACUGAAUCCUGACUGUACAGGCAUGGGAAUGACCCAUGCACAUCAAAAUUUAUUGGCUUAUUGCAACCAUGUUUUUAACAUAGAAACUUUAUUUAUAUAACUUCUAAAGCACUUCGACAGUAGAUGCUCUAUAUCAAGUUUUGUGCAAUUUGGUCAAAUUGUCGAGGAGGUUUUUCCACAGAAUUUAAUAUUGCAAAAAGUACAAUACGGUGUCUGUGUUUGCCAUGAGCCAGAAAAUGAGGAAAACAUAAUUUUGACAAUACGCCAAACAGAUCAAAUAACUAAUAGCGAACAGCUAAUAUCUGUCAACAAUAACCAUUAUUGUGAACAAACAGGUCGCUUGUUACAUUUCCAAACAAAAGCAACUUCAUAUUUUUUUCAAGUGACUUCAGAAAAAAAAACAAGCCCGAAGUCACAUAUAUAAUAAGCAGGUUUGUAAAUUUUGGUAAUACCCUGCUUAAAUACAGUAGCCAUAAAAAGAAACAUCAAUCAACCUUAUGACGAUAUAGUGCACAAGCCUGCUGCCAUGCACCAUCCACCACAUCCGACCUAGACGUCAAUCGCAGCUUUUCCAAACAGAAUAUCGAUGAUAUCCCAAAUCAGUGUGUGUCUGCUGUACUGACACACUUCUUAAAGUCGGGUUCAAAUCGGGUCGGCUUUUAAAAUUCUGCUACAUGCGAGGUCUGGUCAGGCUCGGCCUGUAAAGAAUGCGGGCACUUGUCAGGUCAGGCUGAAAUGUUUGGGCCUCUUUCAAACUCUAGUUAUCUGCGUAGAUUGACAUCAUCCAAGAUGAUGCUUUUUAUAGUUGGUGUGAAUGAUGGACAGGAAUUCAGAGAAAUCAGCUAUGGAAAAAGGACACUACUUAGGGUGACUGCACCUUUGCAGGCAGACAUUGAAGUGUUACAGCAUGAUAUUUGAAAGAACAGAAAUCAUGUACGUACGCAGUGUAAUACCCAAAAGAAUAACAUGUAUACUUUUUUUAAAACACAAAGCAUCCCCACUGAAUUGUAUCCCAUAAAGCACAAGUGACUGUGUAUGUUCUGUAUCUGUGCCGAACCAAAUAAGAGAAUAGCUAUCGGUUUUGAUAUUUUAUUGGUUUCCAAGUUUUUAAUUACCUAUACAGGAAUUAUUUCUAAAUUUGUCUAAUUGGCUCAGUCCUGCUCUUAUAAGAACAUGACUUUUAUCCAGCAUGCGGCCAGGAUCAAUUUUUAGUUCAAGUACAUAACUUGUAAGAAAGAACAAAUUAUUUUCAGUAAAACUAAAAAAUAAAACCAGUUACAGUUACAAGAGCCAGUUACAAAGUCUUGGGUAUGUCUGGUUGAUCUGGGUCAAAACUGAAAAUGUUGGUUACAAGUUCAUAUUUAUUUUUAUUGUUAUUGUGAUUGUUAUUUUGGUACCUGUGAACUCCAGAAAUUGAUUUUUUUUUUCUGAAAUGGAAAAUGAUUUCUUUUCUCCCUUUUGAAAAAUAUAAAAAUAGUGUUUAGUUAAAUAUGUUUUUGUUCCACAGUGCUCAGAUAUAAAUGGAUUAAAGCAGGUUCGUUAGAUGUGUCAGUUUGUCUUCUGCCGAGGUGGAACUAACUGAUUGUUUUUCCUAUUUUACAUCCUCUUUCUGUACAAUUAUAAAGAUACUUCUCUAUUAAACAUUAGAGGCAUGUUUCACACAACCAAGCCUGCAGACACCAAGGUGGCAGGAUGCUGAAAGGCAUAUUUGCUUCUCUCAUCUGCGUCUACAUACAGGUUCCAGUGCAAAGCCAAACAGAAAAUGCACUUUCCAGUGAGGUCUCCGCAUACGAGGUGUCUAUACUGGCUCUGCUUGUUCUGCUCAGUCUUUUCAGCAUUGGUACUUUCACAGUGGUCUUCAUUGUGUGCAGAAAAAUUGACAAGAUAUGGAGGAGCCUGUCGGAGAAAGAAGUACCCUGUGACUACGUGAAUCAUCACGCCAGGCUUGGUGCGUCUGCUCUACCUUCCCCACUACGGGAGGAGGGAGAGACUGCGCGCGCGGACAGCCAGGCGCCAACACGACCCUCUUCUCUCAGUCUCGCGUCCAGUCAAAAUCAGGAAUCGUUCCGGUCACCUGCGACCCCCUCCACGGGUCGAAGCACCCUAAGCAUGAAGCCCCCUCCUGACUAUGAGGACACAAUGUCUCGGCUGGCGAGACAGAGCAGGGCGCUGAGGUCGUUGUCGCUUGACGGACCAGUGAGAGCAGCGAACGCAUCACGUGAUGACAGCCAGUCCCAUUACGUGGAGAUGAAGUCAUGCAUAAUCAGCGCUUUCUCCACCAAUCAGGGACCAGAAUCCAUGUAUGACACUCCCAGAAAUUCCCACGGCAUCCUCAGACGCGCCUCUGCUGCCCAGACCCCACCCUCUCUCACGGGUUCUAAGCACUUCCGAAUCCAUUCUGACCCCAGCGGCUACACUGCGCGUGUAGUACACCCCAAGAUGGCUGCACACCAGCCAAGAGAGCAGCACUGUAGCAGGGCAGGCUUUAGCUCGCAGCCACUGAGUCCUGGAGCAAACGGCAGAUCCAACUCCAUCACAUUAGCAGAAACUAUACCCUCUGGCCACAAGCGGAAAUCUACUGUGAGGAGCCACAAGCAGCCACCUGUUGACAUAUAGCUCAGUUUCAGUGCAGUUCUUCUUCUUCUUCUUCUUCUUCUCAGAUUGUUGGCCUGUUCGGAAAUAACUGACAUAAAUUGAAUGUGUUUAUGAUUAUUUGAUAUCAUUGGAUCAAAGUUCCAUAUUCACUAUGUUUGCUGACAUUUUUAUAUUUGUAUUAAUGGAAAAAAAGAUUUAAUGUUUUGUUUGAAUAU